AUGGUGAUGGUGGUGAUGAUUGGUAGUCGUCGUGGUUGUGAUCGAUGCUGGAGAUUAAGGAGGAACCGUGGAAGAUCAACAAACAAUUAUCUUGCCGAAAACAAUAUGAAUUAUUACAAUGUAGGAUGUGAUACUGAUAGACUAUCCGAGUUGCCACGACACCUCAUAGAUGAUAUUUUAAAUCAUAUGACCAUCAAGGAAAUUGCUAAGAUGAGCGUGUUAUCACGAAAAUGGAACCGUAUAUGGUCUACACAUCCAAUUAUCGUGCUAGAUCGCUGGUUUCAUGAGGAAAUAAAUUGCCGAAAUCGAUCAUCAUCCUCUGACAUUUUUGACUUCAAAAGUAUUGUCAACAACAUCAUUUUGCAACAUACAGGCCCAAUUGUCAAGUUUAUCCUUGACAUAUCAGGUGUAGGUUCAGAUGACCGGGACAUCAAUUCAUGGCUACGAUACGUCUCCAACAAUGGUGUUAAGGAACUUAGAAUCGAAAAUUCAAUCCACUCCACAUAUACUUUGCCAUAUUUCUUAUUCAAUUCUGGAAAAUUGAGUCAUUUGGACAUCACCAAUUGUGCCUUCAAGAUGCCCCUUGCCGCUACAUCAUUUAAGAAUCUUGUGAGGCUUGAUCUAAACCAAAUAAGCUUUGACCCAACUUUGGUGUAUACCAUCUUUGAGGCUCCACUGCUCCUGACCAUGUUGUUUACAAAUUGUAAUGGUCUCCAGUACCUUAAUAUCUUCGCGUCGCAGCUACUUGGCUUGCACAUUGUUGAUAGUCAUUAUGUUGAUUUGAACAUCCUCAAAGCCUAUACUGAGCUGAAAGUGUUGACUAUUGUGUCAUGCGACAAAAUCCAGCACAAUGAAUUUUGGAGAAGGUUUACAUUGAAAGAAAUUAUUUGUUCGUUCCCUAAACUUACCGGGUUUUGCUUCAACAGUACUUUCUUCAAGGUGAACUGA